UGCGUUUUUUUUUCGCCUCGAUCGCUUGACCGGGGGUUGCGUGUGCGUAGUUCUCCGUUGUUUGGUGGGAAUGCAGAUCACUCCACAGAAAAGAAGGGGCGAUCGUGAAGACGAGUUCGUCGUCUCUUCGAAAAAACAGAAGACCAAGACCCCAAGGGGUGCGGGCGAGAAAAGGAAGGGGACGGGGGGGGAACAGGACCGCCCAGUUGGCAAACGACCGGCUUCGAAACAAAAGCAGCCUGAGUCGGAGCCUUCCUCGUCACGGUCUCCCAUCGAUGUGGACGCCGGGUACUUCCUCGAGUACAAAGACGGCGUCAGGACAAGGCGGGAGUUUGAGAUUAGCCCGUCUCGGGUGGUCGACAUUGGGGAGUGGGAGGAUCUGUACAACCAACGGUCCUUGGAUCCCGUCCUAGUGGGAAUGAUCAAAGAAGCGAUGUGGUUGGCGUUCGAGAAUAAAGAACAGUCGUACGAAUUGCCAAUCCUGAAGCUCACACCGCUGGGGCUUCAAAAACCGACUCCGGGGACCUGGGCGAGACGUCUGAAGCCGGAGGAAUGGAAGGACGAGCUGGCGGGGCGGUACUACUACUACGCGGUGUGCGGGCAGCACAACGCGGCUGCAGCCCGGUCGCUGCUCGGCAGCGAGGUGGCCAAGAGGUACAAUUUUGACCAGUGGCCAGCGCGAAUGCUGUACUUUUCUUACAAAGACUUCGACGGGUAUUUCCUUGUUAUCUCCCAGGACAACAAGAAAGACCAUAAGGCACCUCCUAGACAGUUGAAACUGUCCGCCGUGUUCAGGAAGUUCGAAAGUUGGGGCCUGGAUGACGAUUUGUGGGACGGUGGUAGGAAAUACGUUUCGGAUUCCGCUUUGUUAAAGGACUGCCCGUUGUAUUUGGGUUGUGAGGAUGACCACUCCAUCGAGGCGACGGAAAAAUUGGCGGGCCACAAGAAGUUGACGGUCGGCUGGAGAAACAAGGUUCUCUCUGUGUUGAUAGGAAAUAGACUGAAGAGCCGGGAGGUCGCACUGGCAGAAGGCAUUGUCCACAUCAAAUGGAAAGACACGGGGGACGUGACAUCGAUCGCGCUGUUCAGCAAUGACCCUUUGGAGGCUGACAUCAGGGGUGCAGAAUUGAAGGAGGCAGUGGCAGCCACGAAGAGCCACACCUUCGUACUGGAUCUGUGCGAGCCGGUUGACCUAACACUGUGGAAACCCCAAGCGUGGGAGACACUGAAUUCCUAUCUUCAGACUUUGUGUCCUUUGCAUUCGACUCUCGUUGUUUUCGUGCCGCAGCAGCAAAACCUCUCGUUUGUUGCCAGCAUGCACCAUCUUUCAUUCAUGAAGUUAUUGGAAGGGAAGUGGGUGAGGAGGACCCAGCAAAAGAAAAGCUUCCCUGUGGGGAGCAAUUUGUACACCGAGGAAGACCGCAUGUACAUCCUCUUCAAGGGCGACGAUCUGCGCGUGAACACGUCCGUGGUCUAUGAGGGAAGGUUGCCUAAGGGUGCCGCUGCAGUGUCGUUGUACUUCGUUGAGUCCGAGCAGGAGUUGAAGUUAGCCAGUUACGCCUCCUUGAUCUCCAUUCACGACGAGGAAGCCACCGGUGUUGAGUUCGACGCCAAUGCGAAGGAGGAGGAGAGUGACACCGAGAGCCUCGACCUGCAGUAUGAUCCAACAGCGGCGGAGCACGCCCGAGGGUCGUCGUUGGUUGGUCCGUCAUCGAGCGCAGCAGCCGCGGCACCACUCGUGUCACCAACGGCAAGACCGUCUCCAGGCAUAACGCCGAUGAAGUUGCUGGAGAGGCUAAGAGCUAUGGCAAUUCCCCCGCACGCUAUGCCGAUACAGAAGGGCGAGUGGGUCAUGGCCGUCGCAGUCCCGGAUGGGGGAUGGGUGUCAAUUCCGCGUGAGUCGAAGUCCACCUUUCUGCACCUCGCGAGGAUUUCGGUCCUCCAGAAAGUGAGGGCCGAAAAUGACAUGUUUGCACCCGACGACCCGUCACUCGUUUCCACAGCCGGGCGAGUUUUCGACGAGCUCCAGGACAAGUUCUGGUUCGAGUUGACGGGGGACUACUACGACCUCGACACGAGCCCGUCGAAGGGCGUGGUGAACUGGAAAGUGCCACCUCCCGGUGGGCCACACGGUGGUCCCGGGGGGGGUGGGCCUGGAAGCAGAGGGGACGGGGGGGGUGGUAGGUGGGGAGGCGAAGGAUAUCCGCCCGUCGGGGAGGGAGGGCAUUACGGCAGCACCACAGCCCUGGGAAGCAGCGGUGGGGCGGCGGGUUUUGCCUUCGGUCAGGAUCAGUCUGCUGGCCCCUCGCAGGAGCAUGCGACACAGUCCACCGACCGACCGGCUUCGUCCGUCGGAUCAGCGAGGGAGACGUUAGCAGCCUUGGUCACUCUAGGCAGGCGCUCCAGCGGAACGUCGAAGUCCGUUGGGGUCCGAACUACGUCGGUUGAGAAGCCGCGAGUACGGUCGAUCGUCAACUUGAGAGAUGACGUUCUCGAAAUUUUUGAUUCUUUUCCUCGAGUUUUAUCUGAUUUGAGAUUUUACAUAAGUGUUUUCGAGUUGAUUGUAGAGUAUUUGGAACGUCAAACAUCAUAUAUGCGGUCCGGUAGGAAUUGGAAGUCGAUGCCGGGAAAUGUUGUGGUGGAUGGAGUUCCGAGACAAGUGGAUGGAGCUAGUUGCGGGGUGUUCAUGUGGAUGUUCGCGACGUUGUUGCAACGUGGUGAUCAACCGCCUUUCUGGUUCUCUUCUCAAGAUAUUCUGCUUAUUAGACGACAAUUGGCGUCAUGUAUCUUAGAAUGUCGUUGUCUUUUGUAGAUUUGCUUGGCUGAGGAACUUUUCUUUAAGGUAUUCCGUUUGUUGUUGAUUAUAUUUCGUAAAUCAUGCCACUAUU